AUGGCGGAACUUCAACAAACACCAUUAGAAAAUUCGGUAGCCACUUCUUCAAAGGCUGAACAACCUAUGGUUGAACAACCUGUGAUGGUUAACCAACAUUCCUUAAUACAAGCUUUAACUUAUCUUCGUUCCGAACUAGAAAAAGUACAAAAUGAAAAGAAUGAAUUGGUAAAAGAACGAGUUACUUUAUUAGAACAGCUAGAAUUUGAAAGGAAUAAAAGUAAUAGUUCUAGAACUAGUGUAGAUACUACAAUAGACACUAAAGAAGACUAUGCGAGUCUACAAAGUAACA